AUGAUGCUCAGUCAAGAUGGCAACUUCGAACAGCCAAUGUCUUCAUACCCAGGUGCGUGGCCAGAGAAUCCUCCUACAAUUGCCGGAGACAUGCCGGUCUUCGUCGCUGUCUACCGCGAUUUGAUCACAUGGUCGCAUGUUAUAACAAACCGUCCUAAUCAGGCCACCAGGAACGACUCCAAGGCCGACGCGCGUGAAUGA